UAAUGGUCUUCUGCAAUCACGUGAUUUUGCUGUGGGCAGGGAUAAUUUGUCGCUUGAUUCAGAGCAUUGAUGCUCACAGUGGCUAUGAUAUUCCUCUGAAUCCUUUAAACUUGUUGCCUUUUUACGCUGGGGCUCGAUUUCAUGACUUCCACCAUAUGAACCUCAAUGGCAAUUACUCCUCAAUAUUCACAUGGUGGGAUAAACUCUUUGGUACUGAUUCGCAAUAUAAGUCUCACACAGAGAAAAGGAAGAAACAGGAACGCACAGUGGAAAAGAAGAUGGAAUAAAUCUCCCAUUUGCAACACUGUUUGGAGCAUCCAAGAGGCAAAUGGUUCCUGUCUUUCUUUUGAUUAAAAUUAGAAAACUUAACAGAUAUUGUAGUCCAAUGAAAAAUAAAGCUUUUAACAGACAACCAAGCUUGGGUAUCCAGCAGGAAAAAAACAUUCAUUGAUGCAUUUCCCAAAUGAUCGUCCUUUUUCUAUCCUGUACAUUAAAAUUAAAAUGAGGUUUGUUUGUUUGUUUUUCGAUUAAUGCCAACCCUAUAGUUUAAAAAGAGCACCCACAUUGGGGUCACUAAAUAAAGCUGUUGUGGCAAUCCCUUUUCCUAAUGAGAUCUAAAAAAGUAGAUUGAAGAAAACAUCUUAAUUUGCUACAAGGAAUAGUUUUACUUGGUUUUAAAAAAAUUAUUGUAAUCUGUAUUACGCAUAACUGUAAAUUACUGAUCUGAUUCUUAAGAUAGUUUGUCUUAUGGAUGGCGGCUGAUUUGUCUCAAGCUUCCUCUACAGCAAAGAAAAUGAUAUUGA